CGCCAUGCGGGGGGGCCCCGGCGACGCGGAGCGGCGGCAGCGCUGGGGUCGCCUGUUCGAGGAGCUAGACAGCAACAAGGAUGGCCGCGUGGACGUGCACGAGUUGCGCCGGGGACUGGCCAGGCUGGGCGGGGGCGAUCCAGACCGCGGCGCCCAACAGGGCAUCGCGCCCCAGGGUGACGGUGACCCAAAUGUGGGGCUUGAUCUGGAGGAGUUCACUCAGUACCUGCAGGAGCGCGAGCAACGCCUUCUGCUCAUGUUCCACAGUCUUGACCGCAACCAGGAUGGUCACAUCGAUGUCUCCGAGAUCCAGCAGAGUUUCCGGGCUCUGGGUAUUUCCAUCACUUUGGAGCAAGCGGAGAAGAUUCUGCACAGCAUGGACCGCGAUGGCACGAUGACCAUCGACUGGCAGGAAUGGCGGGAUCACUUCCUGCUGCACUCGCUGGAAAACGUGGAAGACGUGCUGUAUUUCUGGAAACAUUCCACGGUCCUAGACAUUGGCGAGUGCCUCACGGUGCCGGAUGAAUUCUCAGAGCAGGAGAAACUGACGGGCACUUGGUGGAAGCAGCUGGUGGCCGGUGCAGUGGCCGGUGCCGUGUCCCGGACGGGCACUGCGCCUUUGGAUCGCCUCAAAGUCUUCAUGCAGGUCCAUGCCUCAAAGAACAACCGGUUCAACAUCCUGGGCGGGCUCCGCAGCAUGGUACAGGAGGGGGGCUUCUGGUCGCUGUGGCGGGGGAACGGCAUCAACGUGCUCAAGAUCGCCCCUGAGUCUGCCAUCAAGUUCAUGGCUUACGAACAGAUCAAGCAGGCCAUCCGCGGCCGGCAGGAGGCGCUCCACGUGCAGGAGCGUUUUGUGGCUGGUUCCCUGGCUGGCGCCACGGCUCAAACCGUUAUUUACCCCAUGGAGGUACUGAAGACACGGCUGACCCUACGCAGGACCGGACAAUACAAGGGGCUGCUGGAUUGUGCCAGGCGGAUCCUGGAGCAGGAAGGGCCUCGCGCUUUCUACCGCGGCUACCUGCCCAACAUGCUGGGCAUCAUCCCCUAUGCGGGCAUCGACCUGGCCGUGUACGAGACCCUGAAGAAUCGGUGGCUCCAGCAGUACAGCCGGGAAUCCGCGAACCCCGGGAUCCUCGUGCUCCUGGCCUGCGGCACCGUCUCCAGCACCUGCGGCCAGAUCGCCAGUUACCCCCUGGCGCUGGUCCGGACCCGCAUGCAGGCCCAAGCCUCCAUGGAGGGGGCCCCGCAGCUCUCCAUGAUGGGCCUGCUUCGUCACAUCCUGUCCCAGGAGGGCGUGUUGGGGCUCUAUCGGGGCAUUGCCCCCAAUUUCAUGAAGGUCAUUCCAGCCGUGAGCAUCUCCUAUGUGGUCUACGAAAACAUGAAACAGGCCCUGGGGGUCGCAUCCAGCUCAGCCACUAGGUUUUGGAUGUCGAGAAACCUCAACUGCUGGAUCCUGAUGAUGCCAUGCCUAGAUCCUGGGACCUCAUCACUGGAUCCCAGAUCCCCUCACCCCUACCACUGGAUUCCUGUAUUCCUUUACCUGGACACUGGAUCCCAGAUCCUUCCACUUCACCUGCUGGAUUCCCUCUGUGCAAGCCUAUGCUCCUCAACACUGGAUCUCAGAUUCCCAAACCCAGCCUGCUGGCUUCUGGCUCUUCAAGUACAGAAGCCAACCAGUACAGUAAAGUGGGUCCCAGUAACUGCAGCUGCUGGAUCCCAGAUCCCUUCACCCCAGUCACUGGCCACUGAAACUUCUGGGCAAACAAGGUAGAGCCUAGUUCUCCCAAGCACUGGAUCCCAGGCCCUUAAUCCCCUUCUCUCCUGCACCACUAAUUCUCAGAUCCCUAGUCUAGACCCCAGCAGCAGUUCUCCCCACCCCCAGAUUCCAGGCACCAGCCCUGCCCUGCAGCCUAUUCUCUACAGCCUGGGGGAUGGUGGUCCCACGUUAGACAACCCAGGAGGCCCACCCAUGUCUGGUUCAUGGGUCAUCCUCCAGUGGCAGGGGGAAGGAUUUCUGCUACCUGCCCCACCUCUCACCCAGGCCACACCUGCUCUCCCCCCAGGAAGCUGUCCCACCCCAACCUUGACAGCUUUCUAAACCAGGUCCCUCUGGAGAUUCAGUCAUCUGUUCCUGAGACCAGGGACACACAAAAGGGACCUCCCCCAAACCCACCAUGGUCAGGCUUGAAAGAUUCAUAAGCCAGGAAUGAAUCCACACAAUAUGCCCUUCCCAAUUAUGCAAAAACAAAUCCAUCUAGAACCGGGGUCUAUUUUUCUACCAGAGAGAGGAGUAAAGCCCCCUUUCCCACCAACCCCGACCCCCAACUCCCCUAUCCCCUCCUCCCAUUCCUUCUCACUUUAUAGUUGGAUGCUGAGCCUAGGAAAGCAUGGGGACCCCUCUCUACUCCCCAUUAAGGGACAGUGAAAGAAGGACUGAUGUACUGGGGGGUUGGAGGACCCCCUGGCUCCCACUACCCUUCACUUUUACCAUGUCCCCCCUCCUGCCUGUAUUAUUUCAAAGGAAAAGAACAAAAGGAAUA